GAUCGUCCCCGUGUCACCCUGGUCUCUGCCUUCAUUCCUUCUUACCACACCCCCUGGACGGAUAGCAAACUUCUCAUACCACCACGUUUCUUCUGUGACGUUAAUUUGGUUAACUGUCCCGAAGCAAACUGAGCAAGUCUUUGUAUUUAAAAUAUCCUGGUCUGAGUUAACUUAAUCUGCUGGCGUCCAAAAACAUCUCAAAGUGAACUUUCCAAACUUCAGGGUGGUGGGCACCUCCCACCAGUGCUUUCAAAAACAGCUGCACUUGCUCUGCCGUAAUUGCCCCUGGGGAUGGCGGCUAUCCACGGAUAGCAAGACAAUAUGGAAGUCAGAGCUGCAGCCUGCAUUUGAGACCCAAGACACUGACUGCCUUCAGGAAAACAGAGGCCGGGAAAAAUAACCAAGAACAUACAGAAAAUGGCAAAGGAAAGAUCCCUGAAGAAAUCUUUUCAAGAUAGUCUUGAAGACAUUAAGAAGCGAAUGAAAGAGAAAAGGAAUAAGAAUUUGGCGGAGCUCGGCAAGCGCAGGUCUUUCACAGUCGCGCCAUGCCAGAUGAGCAGCAACGCUUCUACAAUGCUGAAAAAUUACCAAGAUAACAAUAGGAUGUUAGUUUUGGCUUUGGAAAAUGAAAAAUGCAAGGUAAAAGAAGCCCAAGAAACCAUCCUGGAGUUGAGAAAACAGUGUUACUACCUUACCUAUCAACUGUAUGCCUUGAAAGAAAAACUCAGUUCACAGCAAACCAAAGAAUCUACUCAGGCCCAGGAACUGUGUCCCUCUGGAAUGGACCCCGGUGGCGAUGAGAGCUGCAAGGAUUUGUUUCCGAAGGAUUUACCGGAUGUGGCUCUUCAAGAAAUUGACCUUCCAGGACAAAAAGAAUCAUUUCAAAUUGGAGGAAAUCAAGAACAAGUGCCUGCUGUUCCUCAGGACACACUGGGAACUGAUUUUGACUCAAGUGAAACAAAAUCUAGUGAUAAUGUCUUACCUAAAACUGUAUCUCUGCGUCGCCAUUUGAAAAAGCAUUCUAAUAGUCAAAGUUACGAUGAUCGCUUGGAUGACUUUGGAACCCAUCUUUUGGCAGACAGUGCUUCUGAGAUGGAAGGAGUUAGAUAUGUGGAUCAACUAGCCAACCAUCACAAGCCUGAAAAGGUAAAACAAGAUGUGUGGAACAGGGACGAGAUGAAUGCAUCGCCAAAGCCGAUUCUCCUGGGAAAGUUCACCAAAGUACAAGAAGUCGCUUCGGAACCUAAAUCUAAACAUACAGAAAGUAAGCACAGAGAUACGCAGAGGGGGCAAAAAGAAGAAAAGAGGAAAGCCAAAAGAAGGAGAAAAUCAAAAUCUUUUUUAAAGUAUAAAGGACUAGGGUGUAAGCAUAAAAGUAAAAAACCUGUUUGCAACAAAGAAUUAAGUAAGUCUGUCGGUUCUGGUGACGCUUACAAUUUCAGUUUGGAAGAGGGCAUUCAUCUGACUCCUUUCCGACAGAAAACAAGCAGUGAUUCAAAUCGCGAAGAAAACAGCGGGAAGGUUGACGUGAACGGCUGCGAUUCGAGUCUUUCUGGAGAUGACUCCGAUGACCUGUACUUGCCCCCCGGCAAGUCGGUUCAAAAUCUCUCUGAUGAGUCAGACAGAAUCACGAGACCUCGAUCUAAGAAAGCAUUAAAGUAUGCUGAUGAAAAAGAAACGGAGGCUUCCAAGGAUGAAAAGGAGAAAGAGGAUUCUGUGCCAGCAGAGAGUCCUCCUGCCAGUACACCACCGGAAACUCACCAGUUACCUCUUUUGGGCCUGAAGGAUAUCACCAAUACCCCUCUGAAUCCUGUAGUGAGAAUCAGAAGAUUUUCUUUGUCUCCAGAAAUGAAUACAGAAAGCCCAGCCGUGUCCCUGCCCAAGCGCAGGUGCACAAGCAACGUGAACUACAAGGAGCCCACGCUCGGCUCGAAACUGAGAAGAGGGGACCCUUUUACAGACUUGUUUCUCUUGAAUUCUCCUAUUUUCAAGCAGAAGAAGGAUUCAGGACAUUCUAAGAAAAAAAGUGGGAGACAAACACGGUGAGAGUUGGGGUGGAUGCUCCCCGAGUCCGUCCCCGACCCCUUUCCAUUGUUCCAAGUCAGAGGCCAUCAGCACACAGACGAGCUGAGCUCGUCACGAAGUAUGCUCUUCACAGGACCGUCAUUUAUUCAUGUUCCUCAACGAUGCAUUUCAGAUGUGGUGUUUUAUCUUAGCCUUAUGAAAUUUAAUUUUCCUUUUGCCUAGGAACUGGACUUGAGCACUAAUAUUGUUUAGAUUUCUUAUGCUAACACCUUGAUUUUAUUAAAUGCAUAUGCCACAUUUUUGAAAUUAAUAAUUAUUCAAAUUAAGAAGUUUUAAUUAUAGUCUCCGGCACCUGUUCUUCCUGUUAGGUUGAGGAGAUAGGAGAUAUAUUUUUUAAGGCACGAUAAAUAUUGUUUAAAAACCCUUAUAUAGUUUUGAGAAAACAAGUCUUGGCAUUCAGAGCAGACACAUUCCAGGUUGCUUUUGGAGUCCUAGUUGAUUCCAGCUGUUGAGUGUCAUUAUUGAGAUGAAAUGUGCGAAGGAUCUUGAUUAGUGGAUUGAUGAUUGUUCAGUCUAAGAGACCAGGUAAGUGACUUUCUGACUGAGUUCUGGGUGUAUGUUGUUCAAAACGAUUCUACAACAAACACACAAAGUACUACGUCAUGGGCUUUCAGGAUUGCUCUUCAGUCAGAAAUCUCCAAAGUUCUGAGGGACUUCCCUGCAGUUUGACCAGCUAAUGGAACAUUAGCUCAGAAGGCUUGACAUCUGCAAGAAUACUUGUACACACCUCUGGAGCUUCUAAAUCCAUAGAUUGUCCAGGUUUUUAAAGUAAUAAAAGUUUCUGUA